GGAGGAACAAGUGGUGUGCGAAAGUCCAGCAGAGCGCUGCUGGAAGCGCGUCAUCGGCUGUAGUUCGGCUGUAGUCCAGCGCACGAGCAGAGCGGGGGGCAGCGACGAGGAAAGCAGCGAACCUGCGAUCCUGAAACCUUCGAUCCCCCCUCGACCGAUCGAAAGAAAACCCACGACGCCACGCCCCUGCCCGAAUCCGACCGUACCUCAAAGGCCUCGCCUUUAUAUAUAUACACACGCACACACACCUCCCCACGACAUUCGCCAAUUCGCAGCACGACCCUCGUCCUUACCCCCCAUCGUCGUCAGCUUUACUCUCUCCCUUCCGCACGCCGUAGCCGAGAAGUGCGGCGCAGAGAGAGAGAGAGAGAGAGAGAGAGAGAGAGGGCGACCCACGUUGUGUAUGUACAUUGCCGCGAUCAGGGUAGAAGAGAGAGAGAAGUGGGGAGACCCAGUCGCUGCUCGAUGGUGCGAAUUCCAGGCUGCCUAGGCGACCCAGCAAGAUUUCAUCAUCCCGUGUGGUGAAGUUUUCUUCUUUUCUCGUCUCUCGCCGGUUCGGGGUUUUAUAUGGGGAGUGGAGGUUUCGUUGACGGAGUACGCCGCUGGUUCCAUCAACGUCGCGCGUCCACGUCCACGUCCCUGGCCGGUAGUCACGAUCCGAAAGGCGACGACAGCGAAAGGGAUUGCGGUCUCGGCGAGGGCAGCGGUGCUCCCGUGAGCGAGUCACGCGCCAAGCGGUCGUCGGUGAUAAGAGGAGGAGGAGGAGGAGGAGGAGGGGAGGAGGAAGAAGAAGAGCGAGAGCUUUCGGUCGUCGAGGAUUUCGACCUCUCCGGCUUGAGCUCCAUCAAGGUGCCCAAGCGGUAUCACUUCAGUUUCGGUCCCAUGGCCGUGGCUUCCCAUAAAAAGGGAGCUCUCGAAAAAGAAUUUUUUACUGAGUAUGGUGAGGCUAGCCGUUACCAUAUUCAAGAAGUGAUUGGAAAAGGAAGUUAUGGAGUUGUUGCUUCUGCAGUCGAUACUCGUACUGGAGAAAAAGUUGCCAUUAAGAAAAUCAAUGAUGUCUUUGAGCAUGUUUCUGAUGCCACCCGGAUUUUGAGAGAGAUCAAGCUCCUCCGGUUGCUUCGCCAUCCUGAUGUCGUGGAAAUUAAACAUAUAAUGCUUCCUCCAUCACGGCGAGAAUUCAAGGAUAUCUAUGUUGUUUUUGAGCUGAUGGAAUCGGAUCUUCACCAAGUAAUUAGGGCUAAUGAUGAUCUUACACCCGAACAUUACCAAUUUUUCUUGUACCAACUCCUCCGCAGUCUUAAAUAUAUACAUUCAGCGAAUGUAUUCCAUCGCGAUUUGAAACCAAAAAACAUUCUUGCAAAUGCUGACUGUAAAUUGAAGAUUUGUGAUUUUGGGCUUGCGCGAGUAUCUUUCAAUGAUGCCCCAUCAUCUAUUUUCUGGACGGAUUAUGUUGCUACCCGAUGGUAUAGAGCUCCUGAACUCUGUGGCUCCUUUUUCUCCAAGUACACCCCUGGAAUUGAUAUCUGGAGCAUAGGAUGUAUAUUUGCGGAGAUGCUCACGCGAAAGCCCCUGUUUCCGGGUAAAAAUGUGGUGCACCAACUGGACAUCAUGACUGAUCUACUUGGAACUCCUCCACCUGAGACCAUUGCAAGGAUUCGCAAUGAAAAAGCAAGAAGGUACCUCAGUAGCAUGAGGAAGAAGCAAGCAGUUCCUUUCUCCCAAAAAUUUCCUAACGCAGAUCCAUUGGCCCUGCAAUUGCUGGAGCGUCUACUUGCGUUUGAUCCUAAAGAUCGUCCAAGUGCUGAAGAGGCCCUAGCUGAUCCUUAUUUCCGUGGACUGUCGAAUGUGGAUAGGGAACUGUCUACUCAUCCCAUUUCGAAGCUGGAGUUUGAGUUUGAAAGGAGAAAAGUCACAAAGGAUGAUGUCAGAGAGUUAAUCUACCGUGAGAUUCUAGAGUAUCAUCCUCAAAUGCUCCAGGAGCAUCUUCGUGGUGGUGAUCAAAUGAGCUUUAUGUACCCAAGUGGUGUUGAUCGGUUUAAGAGGCAGUUUGCACAUCUUGAGGAGCACUAUGGGAAAGGUGAAAGAAGUACUCCCCUACAGAGGCAGCAUGCUUCUUUGCCUAGAGAGAGGGUUUGGCAACCUAAGGAUGGAGCUGCUGGACAGAAAAGUGAUAAUGAAAAGCGGAGCACAGAUUCUGUAGCUACGACUCUUCAUAGCCCUCCGAGGACGCAUCAGUCUAAUGGUACAGAAAAUGGGGACGCACAAAAUGGCCCUUACACAACAAACUGCAAUGCUCGAAGCUUGUUGAAGAGUUCUAGCAUAAGUGCUUCCCAGUGCGUUGUUGUCAAGGGAAGGGAAGCCGAGGCGGAACCAACUGCAGAGGCUGAUGAUGAGGCUGUCGACGCUUUGUCUCAAAAGGUUGCGGCACUUCAUCCAUGAUCACUUUUAUCAUCCAAUCUUAGAGGAGGUCGAGGGAGGCCAUUUUCGGUGCUCGGUCCAUCACCAGUUCAGCGCCCAAAUCAUGUGGAAGGGCGCUUCUUGAUGAUCUGCAUUGACAGAUCUUCCUCUAAUUCAAGCUAUAGAGCUUGAACGUUGGGGCCUCGUCAUGGUAACGCCCCUUCUUUCGUAUUAGAUAGCUAUGCUCACUCAGUACACGGUGUAUAACUUAUUAACUAUUGAGCCCAGAACAGUUCUGCUUUGCUAUAUAACAGUAGCUGACGCUGCCGAGAAGCUUUCUUGUGUUUUAAAAGAUGGGUGAUUCGGUGUUGUGCUGAAAACGAAGAACCUCUGGUGAUUUUGGCUAUUAAACAUAUGAAAAUGAGACUAGCUGUGUGUUCGACGUA